UCUUCACAGCCGAACUCCAUUCUCUUCUCUUUUCUGUCUCGCAAUUCUCUUCUCUGUCUUGCAUCUUCUCUGUCUCGCAGUUCUCUUCUCUCACUUGAGUUCUCUCUUUUUUUCGUCGGUUCUCUCUCUCUGAUCUGGGUUCUCUCUCUCUCUCUCUCCUAGGUUUUCCUUAUCUGGGUUCUCUCUCUCUCAUGUGGGUUCUCUCUCGUGGGCUUUGGAUAAUCAAAGGAUUUUCUUCAUCCACUUCUCUCCAUCUUCACACUCAUCACUCUCAAAGUAGCUCCCGUUGGUGGCCUUCUCCGUGCUAAGGUCUAAUUUUUCUUUUUCUUGUUGAUUUCUUGCUAUGUCUGUCUGCAUUUUCUCUGUUCUUGCCAAGGUUUGAUAUUCCUUUUGUUUUCAUUACACCUGAUUGAUUUAUUUGGAUCCUUUCAAUGUGCUUUCGUGGCUGUCUUUUGACUGUGUAUACAUACUAUUUUGGAUUAUUAUCUUGAGUUUUAGAAUAUGUUCUGUGCAAUGUAUAGGCAUUUUCCUGUAAUUGGUUCAUAUAUAUUUUGAUUUUUUGCUAUUGUUUCCGAGAAAGUUGGUAUAUUGUUUGAAUUUGCAAUUGAUUUAGUUGUUGAAGAACUGGUGAGUGAGUUAAACUACCCUUUUUGUCGAAUAAAUAUAUGUUUGAUUUUGUAAUGAGGUUUAAACAGGAGUUGACUAGUUUCCCAAAUUUUGUAUCAAAUUCUAUUCAUGCCCAGGUAUUGAAACGUGGAAAUGGAAAACCUUAUGUUCUUGUAUGAUGAAAGAGUACAUACUUCGGUCAUUUGAGAAAGGGCAAUAUUUUCUUUUUAUCACUGCAUUUUCUAGUAAAGGCUGUGCCUGUGUCUCUUAAAGAAAUUUACAUGAAGUGAGAUAUUGGAUGCUCUGUCUGCAAGCUUGAAACUUGUAAUCUAUACCCUAACCUUAAAAUUUGAAACCCUUGUAUUUGGAAAACGAAGUAGCAAUAUUAUACACUAUAGUCAUAAAUCUUGAUUGUGUAUUCCGUACAUGGCUAUCAAAUAUGGGAUCUAUUGGAUUCAGGGCUGAUCAGGCUGUGAAUAUAAAUGUUAUAGAACUUGGUAUACUGUUGCGAAGAAGAUAAAGAAUGUGCAAUUAAGGCUUUAGGAUUUUUUUAAUAGUACUAUGAUAUAAUUAUAUUAAAAAAAAACUCCUUAUCGGAUCGGGUCUGACCUGACCCGGAUGGACCGGGUCGGAUCAUAUCCGAUCCGCUCCAAAACAUCUAUCGGGUCGGAUCAGGGCAGUGUGAGAGUCUAUUCGGAUCGGGUCGGAUCAUAUCCGCCCCAUUUACAUCAAGCACCCAAAUUUGUAUACAAAUUCAAUACCUAUUUCAUUGCCCCAAUUUAAUUUAAUAUUUUUUAAUUUAAAAAGUUAUAUUAAAAUAAUCAAAACCUCCGUUAAUUUUGACUAAAGAUUUUGCCAGAAAAUUGACCAAGAUUUCAACAACUCUUCUCCUCUGUGAAAGAGUUAUCAAUUCGAGUCUCCAGAAAGAAGGAAAGAGAGAUGAAUAGCUCAUCACCGGCGAAUUCGUCGAUAUCGACAACGGCAACCGUCGGAGGUGGGGGAGGCGGCAGCAAUGCUGCUCUGUCCACUGACGAAUUCUACUUCCCAUCUGAUCUUAUUUCCAUUCAAGACCGCAAAGACGAAGCCAUGCUUGUUAUAAAAGCUGAUCUAAUGGCUGCACUUAACAAGGAGGUGAAGUCUUUAGAUGAAGAUAACUGGAUGUUUGAAGGACCCGUCUCUCGAAUCAACCUAAUUUCAAGAAAAUGUUAGUUAAUUUAUUUAGGAGUAACCUUUUUGCUACUGCCUGGGGUUUAAUACAGAUCAUAACCCAUAAUCUUUUUGAUCAAUACAAUCUUGUUUCCUAUACCGAAAAAAAAAUCUUUUGGUCAGACUUGUAAAAGUUGGCAGUUUACUGCUUUGUUAAGUCAUGAAGGUUUGGUUGCCCUUGAUUGAUAAUAGCUUAAUGAAAUCUUUGAUAGUUGGCCAUCA